CGGUCGCCCGGGCGCCAUCCUCAUGCUUGCUUCCGGCCGUGGGCCCUGCUCUGGCCCCGGGACCUAGGCAGCUGCGCGCGGCCGCCGCUGGCGCCUCCCCCAUGCUGCUCGGAGCGUCCUGGCUAUGCGCAUCCAAGGCGGCUGCCUCUCCUGCGCAGAGCGAGGACGGCGACGACAGGCCCGGCAGCCGACGACGGAGGGCCACAGCCGAGGCUGCGGGCGAGGACAUGGAUGAGUCGUCCCUGCUGGAUCUGCUGGAGUGUUCCGUGUGCUUGGAGCGCUUGGACACCACGGCCAAGGUGCUGCCGUGUCAGCAUACCUUUUGUCGCCGCUGUCUGGAGAGCAUCGUGCGCUCGCGCCACGAGCUUCGCUGCCCGGAGUGCCGCGUCUUAGUGGGCUGCGGCGUGGAGGAGCUGCCCGCCAACAUCUUGCUGGUGCGGUUGCUUGAUGGUAUCCGCCAGAGACCCCGCGCUGCCCCGGGCUCGGGGGAGGCCUCCGAGUUCGCGGAGGUCGGGGGCAGCACGGCGGGCAGCGCCCCGGGCUCACCGGCCUUCUCCAUGGAGGCGGGCAGUCUGCGCGAGCUGGCAACCAGCAGGAACGUGCCCCUGGCAAAGCCUAAGAGCCUGGCGUAGGAGCCUACAUUAUUGGAAGAAUGAGUAUGAAAAUCUGGGGAAGGAAAAGCAUCAGAAUAAAAGAGAGAAGGAGUCCGAAACCCCAAAGGUAACUUUUAAUGAGAAAGA